AUGUCUAGCAAUCUGAUUGCACAAUUGUUUACGGCACUCUUUGUUGUCAUUAUUUGUUUAUCUUUAACAGUUCACUCUUUGCCAAUACCAGUCAUUACUCGUCAACGAGCAAGUGAAAUCUGGAAGACCUUCAAGGGACCACCAAAUCCAAGAAGAGCCAUCUCAACAAACAAUUCCACAACAUUGAGUCCAUUGAUUCUAUUGGGAGGAUUUGGUGGAUCAGCUCUCAAUGCACAAAGAACCAAUGCAAAGGAACCACACUUUUGGUGUGAAAGUACAACGAGUGAGCCAUUUCAAGUGUGGGCCAAUUUGAAUGAAUUAAUUCCACAUGUAACAGAGGAAUGUACAGUGCAUGAUUUGACAUUGGAUUUGAGGGGACAACCGAGAAAAUUACAUCCAUUAGAUGCAGGUGUUUCCAUCACUGGAAAGGAUGUUGGUGGUCUGAGUGGAGUGAAUUACAUUACUAAUUAUGAAUUUAUUAAUCAGGCAGUCUAUAUGGAAUUGUUAACUUCCUAUUUAAUUAAACAUGGUGGAUAUAUUGGAGGAAAAACAUUGAGAGCAAUGACCUAUGAUUGGAGAACUGGUCCAAUUGAGUGGAAAUCAAAAAGAAUGAAUAAUACUGGAGGAGAUUAUGAUAUUCUUCAAAAACUCGUUGAAGAUACCUACUAUCUCAACAAUGGAACUCAAGUGAGCUUACUUGGACAUAGCUUGGGAGCUCCAUUCACUCAACUCUUUCUUGCCACUCAUGUUUCUAAGGAAUGGAAACAAAAAUUCAUCAAACAAUUCAUUAGUGUUUCAGGAUCAUACGAUGGUGAAAUUCAAAGUCCAAUUCUUCACAUGACAGGCGAUACUUAUGGAUUAUUCUUCCUUAGUAGAGAACAAUUCAAAAAGAUGGUUCGUACAUUUGGCAGUCCUUCAUACAUGUAUCCACUCAAAACCCCAUUCACCAAUUAUCCAAUGUUCCAAUAUACCAAUAAUCAAACCAAUCAGAAAGCCAACUAUUUUGCAACAGUUGAAAGUUAUGGUCAAUUCAUGAAAGAUGCUUCAAUGACCAAUGGUUGGGAAUUAUUCAUGCAAGAAUCUCAAUCCAUUCUCGAUAUUAAAUUUGCAGCUCCAGGUGUUCCAACACAAUGUAUCUAUGGUUCCAAUAAUUGGACUCCAACUCAAUAUUCCUAUACUGGUCCAAAGAGAAUGGAAGAGUUGACCUCUGCAGAUAUUCAAGCUUCGAGAUGGGAACGUGGUGAUGAUACUUUGCCUGAUUAUUGCUUGGAGAUGUGUUCACAAUUUAAGCAGGAGGAGAAGAUUGAAACUACAGUGUUACCGGGUGCUCAUCACAUUGGUAUCAUGAUGGAGGAACGUUUCUUUAUCAAAUUGUUGGAAAUAUUAUAA